CUGUAACCCUUAACUUUGUCUUUGAAAAUGGGAGACCACAAAAGGACUUUCACUGAUGUGAAGAAUGUCAUACUGUCUGCUCACGAGGACAGUGGGCCACGGGAUAAAGUGUCCUUCUAUGAUAAAUGGGCAGAGCAGUAUGAAGAGGACGUAGCCCUCCUUGAUUAUCGAGCUCCCACUCUCGCCACAGACUGUAUUGCUGAACACUUCAAAGGUGAAAAGGGCAGUGCAAAGGUUUUGGACGUGGCCUGUGGAACAGGCCUCGUCAGCCUCAAGCUGAAGGAGAAAGGUUUCCAGUGUUUCAGUGGUGUGGAUGGCAGUGAGGCGAUGCUGAAGUUGUCCAGAGGGACAGGGCUGUACCAGAAUCUCUGGCCGUGUUUGCUCGGGCUAGAGGCACUUCCUGUCCCAGUCGACACCUAUGAUGUCACUGUCAUUGUGGGAGCGUUGAGUGUGGGACAGGUGCCAGUCUCUUUCAUCGAGGAGCUGUGGCUUGCCACUAAACCAGGUGGCUACAUGUGCAUGACCACCAGGGCCAAUCCUGACAACCUGCAGUAUAAGGCGGAGCUGGAGCGCCUGCUGGAGGCCAUGUGCGGGGACGCACGGCUGGCCCAGGUGUGUGUGACCGAGGUACAGGACUGGGAGAGGGCGGUACAGGAGCAUGAGACUGGAUACAUACCCGGGGCCGUCUAUCUGUACAGGAAAGCUCUAGCCACUCAGUCAAGCUGAAGACAUGACAAUUGCUACGUUUACAUGAGGCAUUUAAUUCGGAAUUAACUGACUUUAAUUCUGAAUAAAGCUUAAUUCCUCUUUGAAAACAUCAUGUAAAACACCUCUUAAUUCGGAAUUAAAAGAAAGAUCAAAGUAAACUCAACAGAACUAUUUCAUUCGGAAUUAUUGAUUCGGAAUUAAAAACAUCAUGUUAAACGUAGUGAAUGUGUGCAAAUAAUUUCCUCAAAUUCUGUGCUCUCCUCUCUCCUCCGACCUUGUACACAAAGGCGGGUUAGUGUGUUUCGAUUUUCGUGUAGUUUCAUAUUGGGAAUUCAUUUGACAUUCGAAACACAUACUUGAAAUAUGAAAAAGAGCGUUGCCUUGUUUUCGCCAAACAACUUUAAAAUAGAGAUGAAGGAUUUAAUGUGCCACAAGGCUCGGUUUUUUUUUUGGAUGUAUCUCGUAUUCUGAAUGUUUAAUGAAUGUACGUAUAGUGUAAAACUGAUUACCACCAAUUUCAGUUGGAGGGAGGAGCUCCGUUGACCUUUAACAUAACAUCUUGAAGUAGGCAAAAGGCCCGUAUUUGACAUGUAAUGCGGCAUCGCUCACCUCCUGAUCCCAGUUAGACAUGAAGUGUAGGGAAGUGCUAAUAGAGCGCCUAAUAUAGCGCCUUCCUGACCAUGGUUCAUAAUUUGCCACAAUUUUGAGUGAAUGUGAAUGGAGUAAGACAAGCUAAAUCUGGAUUACAUUUGACAUGU